AUGAACCGACGAGGCACAAAAAGAGUAUUGCGAGGCAGUGAUGGCCAACUGCAAAGACUUCAGCCCUUUGUCGGCGACCUGACCGAUACAUCCUACUUCAUGGCGACAUUCUACAUGUACUUCCCAUUCUUAACAUGUGAAGUCAAGUGUGGCGCAGCGGCACUUGAUAUCGCAGAUCGACAGAAUGCCCACAGCACAACUAUUGCAGCGAGAGCUACUGUUGAGCUAUUCAAGCUCAUGAAGCGCAAAAAAGAGAUUGACCGAGAGAUACUCACCUUCUCAGUCUCGCAUGACCAUACAGCAAUACCCCCUGAUGUGGAUUUUGACGUUUCGCAGUCGGAACUUCAAUACUCCCAACAAUCUAACUCCGAAUCGGUGCUUGCAGUCGAGGAUGAUGACAGCCAGCCAAGUCAGCGCCAUAUUGCCUCGGCAGGUGUUACGCCAACUACCUCCUUUACGAAACAAACACAGAUAUUCAAAAGGCCAAGAAAGAAGCAGUCGGAGGCUCUAGUUAAAUCGAAACUCGAUUAG